UAACAGGUGUAUUUUAGCAAUUCUCUAAAUUAAAGGAGGACCAAAAAGAAAAGAAUAAGGUCAGUGAAGGAAGAACAUUCUUGACUAGACAAAAGGGGAAUCUGAGGUUGCUCUCUUUGAUUUCUCAUCUGAAUCUCCGUCAAAUCCAACCUCAUCAACCUUAACUUCAGGUUAAUUCAUUUGGCUAAACCCCAUUUUUUUCCCAUUAUGGCUGAUUUUGAGGAUCAAAAGAAUCAAUCACUUGGUAAAGGUGAAAAUGAGGAGGAGGAUGAAAUUGUUACUGAAGGUGCUUCAUUUGUUCAUGGGGAGCAGCCUACUCAGGAUGCUAGUGGUAGUGGUAAUGGUCCCCCUAAAGUUGAUUCAGAGGUGGAUAUUCUACAAGAGAAAGUCACCAAGCAAAUCAUUGUGGAAGGUCAUGGCUCUACACCAACCAAAUAUUCAACUUGCUUCUUGCACUACAGGGCAUGGACUGAAGGCACACAGCACAAGUUUGAAGACACUUGGCUAGAACAACAGCCAGUAGAAAUGAUUUUAGGAAAAGAGAAGAAAGAAAUGACAGGCUUGGCUAUUGGUGUCUCUACCAUGAAGUCUGGUGAACGAGCUUUGUUACAUGUAGGUUGGGAAUUAGGAUACGGAAAAGAAGGAAACUUUUCGUUCCCUAAUGUUCCGCCUAUGGCCGAUAUCAUUUAUGAAGUUGAACUUGUUGGGUUUGAUGAGGCCAAAGAUGGGAAACCUCGUAGUGACAUGACUGUCGAGGAAAGGAUUGGAACAGCGGAUAGAAGAAAGAUGGACGGAAAUGCUUUGUUUAAGGAGGGAAAGCUGGAGGAGGCUAUGCAACAGUAUGCAAUGGCCAUAACGUACAUGGGCGAUGAUUUCAUGUUCCAAUUGUUCGGGAAGUAUCGAGACAUGGCCUUAUCUGUUAAGAAUCCAUGUCACCUCAACAUGUCUGCAUGUUUAAUAAAGCUCCAGCGUUUCGAAGAAGCCAUUGGACAAUGCAGCAUUGUUUUGUCUGAGGAUGAAAACAAUGUCAAGGCACUUUUUAGAAGAGGAAAGGCCAGGGCCGAGCUUGGGCAAAUUGAUGCAGCCCGUGAAGAUUUUCUAAAGGCACGAAAAUAUGCUCCCGAAGACAAAGCAAUUACAAGGGAGUUGCGAUUGUUGGCGGAGCAUGACAAGGCUGUUUAUCAGAAGCAGAAGGAGAUAUACAAGGGACUCUUUGGACCACCGCCACAACCGAAACCGAAGCCAACAAAUUGGCUGAUAAUGUUCUGGCAAUGGUUGUUGUCAUUAUUCCACGGCCUAUUUAGACACCAAAGGCAGAAGAGUGACUGACUAGUCCAACUUAGAAGAGACAAUUUGUGAGAAUUAGAUAACAUAACAUGACAAAUGUUUGGAAAAGAAGUAAAUUUUAAGUUGAUGGAACUCAUCAAUUGCUUUGUGAUGUUUGAAUGCAUCAAGAAAUUCCAUCACUAUCUGCAUCUUCUUCUUUUUUUAACAUUUUUCUAUAUAAUCAAGUAAACAUUCAGCUUAGUUUGUGGCUUGAUUUGGUUAACCUUCAUUAUAUCUUGUGAGUUAUGUAUUUUACAAUAGAGAAAUGCUAAAGGUUCCAGUGGUGCGUAGCA